AGCCGGGAGCGGGGUCCCCAGCGGGAAUCCCCGGUGGAGGGCUAUCCCCAGCGGGGAUGUCACUAGAGGCGGUCGGGGGCUCCCCGCGGAAGGCGCACACCCGGCGGCGGGGAAAAGCGCUGCGGCGGCGCGGCGGAGGCGCCUGGCACUCACCUCGGGGCUGAGUCACUCGGGGACCGGAGACCACAUUCAAGCGUGUCCGCGUCGCCUCCUGCUAGCGCUGCAGCAGGGGAGAAACGGGAGAAGAAGGGAAGGAAAAGAGGGAGAGAGGAAGGGAGACAGAGAAGGGGAAGGAAGGUAGAAGAGGGGAGGUGAGGACGGGGGUAGCGCUCGCACCUGCCCCGCCGCCCGAGGAGGAGGAGCGGGGCAGGCGGACCCCCAUCAGGCGCCACCGCCGGGGAAAGGGAGUCACUCACCGCCGCUGCCAUCCCCGCCGCCAUCCUCCUCCUCCCGGUGCCGAGCACCCUCAGCCCGCCUCCUCUUGCAGCCGCUUCCGCUCUCCGCGGUGCGUAGCGAGGGGGAGGGCGAGCGGGGAAGCACCGCCCCGGCCCUGCAGCCGCCGCCGGACCCGGGACCAGCCGCUGCGCAGCUCCUAGCACUCACUGGGGACGAUGGAACGCUCAGCAGGUGCAGCAGGGGUCCCAGAGCACUCUGAUAUUGGGGCACAGAAAAACAGAGUGGUGACCAAGGAGGAAUGGCUGCAGAAAUGGGAAAUGCGUAACAUUGGGUUUCACAAGCAACAAGGGCAUCCGCUCCUCCAGAAGCAUCUGGAUGUUCUGUUAAGUGGCAGGAGCGGACUGAGGAUAUUUUUCCCACUUUGUGGCAAAGCAGUAGAGAUGAAAUGGCUGGCAGACAUGGGUCACAGCGUUGUUGGUGUGGAAGUCAGCGAGCAAGCACUGAAGGAGUUUUUUGCAGAACAUAGUCUGCCUUAUUGCGAGGAACCAGUCCCAGAGAUUUCAGGAGCAAAGAAGUUGCAGAGUACCUCUGGGAACAUUUCUCUGUACUGCUGCAGUAUUUAUGAUUUGUCCAGCUCAAUAGUUGGCAAGUUUGAUGGGUUUUGGGACAGAGGAGCUCUAGUAGCUGUGAAUCCAUGCGACAGACAACGCUAUGCCAGUUUGAUGAUCACCCUAAUGGAGGAAAAUUCUUCUUAUCUCCUUGUUACAGUUUCAUAUGAUCCAAACAAACACGAAGGCCCUCCGUUUUAUGUUCCUGAAUCUGAAAUUAAAAGCCUGUUUGGCAGCCACUGUGAAAUAAAGUAUCUUGAAAAAGUCGAUGACUUCUCAGAGAGACACAGGCAAUGGGGACUAGAUUAUUUUCUGGAGGUGCUGUAUCUACUGAAGCUUGUAUCUGAUUAAAAUUACUUAAAAUACUUCA